AAUGAUCACCAUGUAAUGACGUCACUUUCAUCCGCUUGUCAGUCCAAGAUGGCGACGCUCGUUGGAUUUCGUGCAUGUUUCUCCGGUUAGUUAAAGUUAUACAACGUAUUCACAACCAAUAUUGUAAUUUUCUGCGUUCAAUUAUUAAUAACCUUUAUUUUCCAUUAUAAUGUUUUGCCUUUUAAUCGCGACGAAACGUAUGUGGGGUUUAAAUGAACCCUAGUGAGCAUGGAUGCUGUAGGAGGCUAGCCGCUCGGUUCGUUCCGCAGGCAGAGCAAGGUCACGUUAAAGAAUAUUAGUUAAAUUAGCUAUCGCUUGCGUUGUGAAAACGUUAGGCCUAUCAAAAACGUGUCAGAUACAGUUGAAAACGAAAUUAUUUUUCUAGGUAGCGUCAGAAACAUUUGCUUUUUUAAAGAAUGACACAGGAAACAGUAUGGGAAUUGAAGUAGCCUAUGUUAUGACAGAUAACAAGCCUGUAUACAUUAACGUUAGGUAUGGCCUAGCUUCGUCCCGCAACAUAGCUAAGGGGUUUUGUUGGGACUUUGGUUUUAUGUUUUUUUUUAUAAUAAACCCAAUGUCUCAACAUAAUCCCUUAUGUUGCAGCACGAAGCUUGAUAGCCCCAAGCCAUGUCUGUACACUUUGUGAUAUUUAGCUAGCGACUUCUCUUGACACUGUCAACUGUCUCGGAGGCCACCUGAUUACUAAAUACAUGUUAUCGUUCUAGCCCUUCAGCUUUCCUCACCCGGUCUCCUGCACAGCUCCUAUAAACUGGUGAGUACCUAGACGGUGUUAUGAGCAGAGUCAUUCACACACACUAUGGCAAACCAAUCAGGGAUAUAAAAUCGCAGUCCUAGGUGGCAGUAAUGUUUGCUGGUUUUAGUAUUGCAUUGCGUGGCAAAAACUGUGUUCGUGAUUCAAGUUGCAUUUGCCUUCCUUUUUUUUGACUGAUCACCUGCCCAUACGUGUCUUCUGGCCCUGCUGUCCAUUACAAAAACUCUUCUUCAUUUUUUUUCUCCCAGUGUGCAGUGCCAUUUACUCAGCGGAACUUUGCAGCAGAGGCCAAGGCCAAGAAAACAUACGCCAGAGACAAGCCCCAUGUGAACAUUGGCACGAUUGGCCAUGUUGACCAUGGCAAGACAACUCUAACGGCUGCCAUCACCAAAGGUAACUGAUGUCACCAUUGAAUUUUCUCAGUUUACAUUUGGAUUAGUGAAGUCAAACUAAACAGAUAACAGGUGUACUUGAAACCCACUGAGUUACUGUGGACUGUUAACCAAUCAAAGCAUCUGCCAGCAGAAUCAAAUGUUCUGUCAGAUGCUGUUUGUUCUCAAUAUUAGGUUAUUGUAUAUGUUUCUAAAUGUGCCUUUGUGGUUCCCAGUGCUGGCUGAGGCUGGAGGUGCCCGCUAUAAGAAGUAUGAGGACAUUGACAAUGCCCCCGAGGAGAAGGCGAGGGGCAUCACCAUCAAUGCAUCCCACGUAGAGUACACCACAGCCAACAGACACUAUGCACACACAGACUGCCCGGGCCAUGCUGACUACGUCAAGGUAACACAAGCGCUGAACACCCAUUCUAAAAUCCACCUCAAACCCGUACCUCUCUGUUGACUGGCUACCCAAAGUCCUUGCUCCGGCCAAACACUACGCCACGGACGUCAGUUUCUUCUCCGCAAUGAGUAACUACCAGACAAUUUCUAGAAUGCAAACACAUUCUAACCGUUCUGAUUGGUCCCAGAAACCGAUGGGUUGAGCCAAACACACAUGGGUAAAGUGUUGUUUUGAAAAUGUGUAAUUGGCUUUGAUACUCUGAAUGGUUAGAGAUGAUCCAAUCGCUGAUGACAUUGUUUUGUACAACACCCCUCAUUUUGACAUCACCACAAACUACUUCAAUUAUGGCAGUCUCAGACUGAAGUAUGUAGCGAACAUAGAGCAGCGGAAGAAUUCAGUUUGUCGUCAGGCAAACCCCUCGGUGGGCUUGAGAUUAUUUUACAGGAUUGGAUGGGUAUACGGCGGCAUGGGGGAUGUUCGGUAUAUUGCUUAUCCAGUCCCUGAGGCCCGUUUUCGCAACGGGUUUUAGUAUGAGUGCUGAUCUAGGAUCAGUUCUUCUCUCUUAUUCACUAUCAUUUUAGACCUGCCAACCUGCACGCAUCACCGUACCAUGCACACAAUUUGAGAUAAAAGUACUCUGGUUAGAAAAACUACCCUAAAAUACGCAGAACACAUUGUGGUUUUUGACUCAACCAUCUGAAGUUGGUGCUGAGCCAAUCAGAGGAAUUGGGCAAGGAGAGAAAAUCUCUAGCUCUCCGCUCAGGCCCGGCCCCUGUAGUAUUAUUUUCCUCCCUCCAGCUGGAUGACAGCUCUCCACUUCGUCUGUUGAUACUACUAAUGUGUGAGGAAUACGGGUAGGGAAAUGUAUGUGUUAGUCAAGCACAACCACUAUUAUUUUGUAGUUGGCUAAGGCGUCAUUACGACGAAGGUAGUUAGCUACAGCGUUUAGGCAAGGACAUUGUUUUUGCCCGCGCGGCACAGAUGCUUUGAUCUCCGCAACCGUAGUAGGCACGAGCGCAUUGACGAGCAAGGAAACGUGUGGUGCAGGGGUAGUUCAGUACGCGUCGCUGCAUGGAUGGAAACGGACAUGGCUGUGAGAGAUGUCCCGCUAAUACCGUCUUUCACUGUUAAAAAUGAGUAGGGCUAUGUUAAUAAAUCAGUUGUUGAUCUGUCCUCUUCAUAUAGCUGUAGGUCAACAGUAGGCUACUAAUGAUGUGAUAAUAGUCAGGUCACCAAUGACAACAAGGCAUGUUGAAUGAAUGGCAGCCUAGUAGUCAGACCUAACUGGAUGGAUGAGGUCAGGGAUACGGAUCUGAAACAAGCUCAUAUAGGCCUAGUUCAGUUGUUUCAUAUUCCAAAUAGCCUACAGUAAGCUAGACUACUACAGUAAGCUAGACUACUACAGUAAGCUAGACUACUACAGUAAGCUAGACUACUACAGUAAGCUAGACUACUACAGUAAGCUAGACUAAUACAGUAAGCUAGACUACUACAUUGUAUCUAGUAAUUUAAUUAUUCAGAAUUGUCUCCCCAAACAAAAUUAAGACAGUUUACAUUUUCACUAGACACCUAUUUAAAUAGAAUAACCUCACAACUUCGGAUAGGCUAUUAGCUCGCUGACAAGGUUGAUCGGUUUUGUAUUUUAUUUGACCGUUUUAAAAUACAUACUGUUGCUUCAGCCAUGUUGGUACAAUAAAACAGACAUAAAAAAUAAUUUAGAUUACAAUAAUCAUUACCCCAAAAUGUAACCUAGAAAUAUGUUGAAAGCGUCAUUGAGACCACUUCAAUUUCAUUUAGGCUCAAAUGAGACUUCUGUGUUGGCUACAUUGUUUGAUAUAAUUUAAGACUCUAGGUUUCAGGAAAUUGCAGUUACAGGUAAAAAAAAUUAAAAAUAAAUUAGCUAAAUGCUCCAACUUCCUGAGAGGGAAGUUGACUAAACUGCUCCGGACCUCCCCCCCUACCCAACCUCCGGCCUACAUCAGCACCACCUUGUCAGAAAAUCCUAGGGAGAGCCCUGAUUGUACAUUUAAACGUAUUUCUAGUUAGCUACUGAAGAGCUGCCAAUGACCAAGUACCUAUAACAGUCUAGCAUACCAUUCCUAGUGAGACAUUCUUCUGCCAACAUCAUUAUUAGGCAUCAAAAGGUGCUUUUGUCUAUGAUUUGAGCAGUGUGGGUGUUGCACGUGCACUGUUGUGGGGGGACAGGUAGCCUACCGGUUAAGAGCGUUGGGCCAGUAACCGAAAGGCCGCUGGUUCAAAUCCCAGAGCUGACUAGGUGAAAAAUCUGUCUGGGCCCUUGAGCAAAGCACUUAACCCUAAUUGCGCCUGUAAGUCGCUCUGGAUAAGAGCGUCUGCUAAAUGACAAAAAAAAAUAUUGUAAAAUCUGGCCGGGGGUGCUGCCGCCGUGCUGAAGUGGUUGGCAGGUCUGUAAUUUAAAAGGCAAAACCAAUCCUAGAUCUCCAUUCCUACUGAGACACUUUGUGAUUUCGGGACUAGAAUUGCAAGGGACCAAAUCCACGUUGAUUAGUCACGAGAUACAGCAGGUAUAAACAGUACAGAGAGACGCUGACUAACAGGCUCUUCCUCAACAAUGCAGUAUGAAAGGUAAAGAGAUAGAGAAUGACAGUCUGAUUGUGUUUACCUUUCUCCUGUAGAACAUGAUCACAGGCACGGCUCAGCUGGACGGCUGCAUCCUGGUGGUGGCGGCCACGGACGGACAGAUGCCCCAGACCAGGGAGCACCUCCUGCUGGCCCGGCAGAUCGGCGUGGAGCACGUGGUGGUGUUUGUGAACAAAGCGGAUGCAGUGGAGGACAAGGAGAUGCUGGAGCUGGUUGAGCUGGAGAUCAGAGAGCUGCUCACAGAGUUUGGCUACGACGGCGAGAACACGCCCGUUGUCAUCGGCUCGGCCCUCUGUGCCCUGGAGGUGAGUGCAUGGUACGAGGUAGGGUUGUGGCGGUGACCGAAUAACCUCACAACUUCGGAUAGGCUAUCAGCUCGCUGGCAAGGUUGAUCGAUUUUUAUUUUAUUUGACCGUUUUAAAAUACAUACUGUUGCUUCAGCCAUGUUGGUACAAUAAUACAAACAUACAAAAUAAUUUAGAUUUUAAAAACCAAAAAGUCAACUGACUUAUUUCAAUGUGGUCUUUUAGGUAGACUCGCAAAUCCGCCUGAUCCCGCGAGCUUCCAUUAAACGCGAGCUUCCAUUAAACGCGAGCUUCCAUUAAACGCGAGCAUACAUUAAACGCGAGCUUCCAUUAAACGCGAGCAUACAUUAAACGCGAGCUUCCAUUAAACGCGAGCAUACAUUAAACGCUGCAGGGAUAUCAGUCUGGUAGGGCUGUGAUGACCUGAGCCCCGCCUUUUCUCUCACCGUUGCUUUGGACCAAUCAGCAUCCUCUGAUGAACUAUGGGAGUGGUUUAGUUGAUGACAGGCAGUAGACAACAGGAAACAACGCAUGUAACGUCAUACUUACAAGGUGAUGGCUAAAUAUAAAGCUUUACAUGACAGUCUGAACUCUGCUAAAUAAACUGCCCCCUAUCAGACCUGCUCCAUUCUGUGUGAAAGCAUAUCAUCUAAAUUACGAGAUGGUUCAAUAAAGUGUAGGCUGAGGUUACUGUAUCAAGACGGUCUCUGUAUUGAAUCUGAUGCAGUACCCUAAUCUUUAUCAUCGCUAUGGUUUGGCAAAAACAUUAGGUGCUGAUGUUGGUCUACUAUAUGUAUGUUAGUCUCACGUUGACAUUUCUAUAUUUAUCUGCCUUUGUCUCAUAUAGCUUAUUGUCCUGGUGUUAGAUAUGCCUUUCUCUCUUGAAAGAUGGCAAGUGCUUGUGUUACUUCUGAAAAAUGCAGCACUGUGGCUUCCUUUUUUCUGAUUGGUUGAAGGUGAUCCAAUCACUUUUGAAUUUGUUUUGUGCAAUGCCUCGGCCCAAAGGGAAUCCCUUCCAGACAGAUAGCGCAGCUGUAAUCAGUCUGGUAAUUUGUGCAGUGGUAAAACCUUACCUGUUGUCUCACCUCGUCUAACCUCCCCUCCCCAGAACAAACAGCCUGACCUGGGGGUGAACGCAGUGCUGAAGCUCCUAGAGAUAGUGGAUGAAUAUGUCCCUCUGCCCAAGAGAGAGCUGGAGAAACCCUUCCUGCUGCCCAUCGAGGGAGUCUACUCUAUCCCAGGUGACUGAGAAGUAGCUCAAAUUGCAAAGAGAACCUAGAUUUCUCAUGAAGUUAAAAAGCUGUGUUGCCACUAGGUGUCUUCCUCUCCUUACUAUAUGUCGACCUGACUCAUUGUUAACCAUUUAACAUGACAUCAUUCAGAAGCAGUGCAGCGAUAAAUUCAAGCUCUUGCACUGUACUCUUCAGAUAGAAAGCGUUUCCUAAUGAAAACAUGACAAUAGAUGUUAAAACGCUGCAAUAGGAUCCCACUGUCCCUGCCUCAUUGCUAGGCUCAUCCCAGUGUUUGACAACGGUUUCCGUAGCCACUGAGCUAUCUUCAUAAAAAAUCUUUGACAUUAGUCAGUCUGCUAUGUUUGUGCAGCAUGUGUUUUGUGACUGGAACAACAUGCCUGUUUUCUGUACAUCUGUGUAGGAAUAAACAGUGUAUCUAUAACAUGCAGUUUUCCUCUCCCUGUCUUUGUGUGACUUAGUAAGAGUGACUAUCAGUUUCCUUUGUACCUUUGUUUCACCUUUGAUUUUAUUGAUGCACGUAUGAUGUAGUUCAGCCAUCAUGUCUCUGUUCUGAUCUGUCUGCUGGUGUCUAACCACGUCUCCCUCUGGGUAUCAAAACUAUUUAUUAAACGUGUAUUAAUUCAUCUGUCUUUCAGGCAGGGGUACGGUGGUGACUGGCACUUUGGAGAGGGGCGUCAUUAAGAAGGGCGACGACUGUGAGUUUGUGGGGCACAACCGUGCCUUCAAGUCUGUGGUCACUGGUACGUGAAUGGGGAGGCACACCACUAUAGAAAGGUUGAUUUCAAUUCAUUUCAAACAAUUCCAUUUUUUGUCAUUCAUAGAGAUUUCAUUCUUCACAUUUUAGAGAUGUAGCGCACAGGUAACAGAUGCUGUAAAACUGUGUUCAUAUUACUGUAAUUAUUCCUGUAAGUCCAGUUUAACACUAUAAUUGCAAUUAUUAAUUGUCACAGUAUACGUACAGCACUACCCCUAACCCCUAGUACAGUGUUCUGACAGAACUACCCCUAACCCCUAGUACAGUGUUCUGACAGAACUACCCCUAACCCCUAGUACAGUGUUCUGACAGAACUACCCCUAACCCCUAGUACAGUGUUCUGACAGAACUACCCCUAACCCCUAGUACAGUGAAGUGACAGAACUACCCCUAACCCCUAGUACAGUGUUCUGACAGAACUACCCCUAACCCCUAGUACAGUGUUCUGACAGAACUACCCCUAACCCCUAGUACAGUGUUCUGACAGAACUACCCCUAACCCCUAGUACAGUGAAGUGACAGAACUACCCCUAACCCCUAGUACAGUGUUCUGACAGAACUACCCCUAACCCCUAGUACAGUGUUCUGACAGAACUACCCCUAACCCCUAGUACAGUGUUCUGACAGAACUACCCCUAACCCCUAGUACAGUGUUCUGACAGAACUACCCCUAACCCCUAGUACAGUGUUCUGACAGAACUACCCCUAACCCCUAGUACAGUGUUCUGACAGAACUACCCCUAACCCCUAGUACAGUGUUCUGACAGAACUACCCCUAACCCCUAGUACAGUGUUCUGACAGAACUACCCCUAACACCAAGUUAAAACAACAACAGUAGCUCCACUGCACUUCUUCUAGCACCAAUUACCCACUAAUAAGACUACUGGACAGAGUUACCCAAAAUAGCCCUCUGGUAACCCCUCAACUCCAUCUAAAACCUCCAUACACAACUCCAUUCUGAGUCUAAUUGUUCUCCCUUCACCAUCUCUUUCUUUACAUCGCUCCCCCUCUCUCCUCCCCAGGCAUUGAGAUGUUCCACCAGUCUCUGGACAGAGCGGAGGCAGGAGAUAACCUGGGUGCUCUGGUCCGAGGGCUGAAGAGGGAGGACAUAAGGAGAGGGAUGGUGAUGAGCAAACCAGGCUCCAUCCAGCCUCACCAGAAAGUCCAGGCCCAGGUCUGUAUCAUAUCAUAAAUAAAGUACAGGUCUGUAUCAUGUAAUAAAUAAAUCCAGGCCCAGGUCUAUAUCUUCAGCUAGCAGCUCUAGAGGAGUGUGAACUGUUGGUGUACUGUAUACGUAAUGUUGUAGUCUAGUACUCCACUAUAUAGGUCUAGUGUACCAUAGUGUUGUAGUCUAGUACUCCAGUAUAUACAGUGAGGGAAAAAAGUAUUUGAUCCCCUGCUGAUUUUGUACUUUUGCCCACUGACAAAGAAAUGAUCAGUCUAUAAUUGUAAUGGUAGGUUUAUUUUGAACAGUGAGGGACAGAAUAACAAUAAAAAAAUCCAGAAAAACACAUGUCAAAAAUUUUAUAAAUUGAUUUGCAUUUUAAUGAGUGAAAUAAGUAUUUGACCCCCUCUCAAUCAGAAAGAUUUCUGGCUCCUAGGUGUCUUUUAUACAGGUAACGAGCUGAGAUUAGGAGCACACUCUUAAAGGGAGUGCUCCUAAUCUCAGCUUGUUACCUGUAUAAAAGACACCUGUCCACAGAAACAAUCAAUCAAUCAGAUUCCAAACUCUCCACCAUGGCCAAGACCAAAGAGCUCUCCAAGGAUGUCAGGGACAAGAUUGUAGACCUACACAAGGCUGGAAUGGGUUACAAGACCAUCGCCAAGCAGCUUGGUGAGAAGGUGACAACAGUUGGUGCGACUAUUCGCAAAUGGAAGAAACACAAAAUAGCUGUCAGUCUCCCUCGGCCUGGGGCUCCAUGCAAGAUCUCACCUCGUGGAGUUGCAAUGAUCAUGAGAACGGUGAGGAAUCAGCCCAGAACUACACGGGAGGAUCUUGUCAAUGAUCUCAAGGCAGCUGGGACCAUAGUCACCAAGAAAACAAUUGGUAACACACUACGCCGUGAAGGACUGAAAUCCUGCAGCGUCCGCAAGGUCCCCCUGCUCAAGAAAGCACAUACACAUGCCCUUCUGAAGUUUGCCAAUGAACAUCUGAAUGAUUCAGAGGAGAACUGGGUGAAAGUGUUGUGGUCAGAUGAGACCAAAAUGGAGCUCUUUGGCAUCAACUCAACUCGCCGUGUUUGGAGGAGGAGGAAUGCUGCCUAUGACCCCAAGAACACCAUCCCCACCGUCAAACAUGGAGGUGGAAACAUUAUGCUAAGGGGUGUUUUUCUGCUAAGGGGACAGGACAACUUCACCGCAUCAAAGGGACGAUGGACAGGGCCAUGUACCGUCAAAUCUUGGGUGAGAACCUCCUACCUUCAUUCAGGGCAUUGAAAAUGGGUCGUGGAUGGGUAUUCCAGCAUGACAAUGACCCAAAACACACGGCCAAGGCAACAAAGGAGUGGCUCAAGAAGAAGCACAUUAAGGUCCUGGAGUGGCCUAGCCAGUCUCCAGACCUUAAUCCCAUAGAAAAUCUGUGGAGGGAGCUGAAGGUUCGAGUUGCCAAAGUCAGCCUCAAAACCUUAAUGACUUGGAGAAGAUCUGCAAAGAGGAGUGGGACAAAAUCCCUCCUGAGAUGUGUGCAAACCUGGUGGCCAACUACAAGAAACGUCUGACCUCUGUGAUUUCCAACAAGGGUUUUGCCACCAAGUACUAAGUCAUGUUUUGCAGAGGGGUCAAAUACUUAUUUCCCUCAUUAAAAUGCAAAUCAAUUUAUACAAUUUUUGACAUGCGUUUUUCUGGAUUUUUUUGUUGUUAUUCUGUCUCUCACUGUUCAAAUAAACCUACCAUUAAAAUUAUAGACUGAUCAUUUCUUUGUCAGUGGGCAAACGUACAAAAUCAGCAGGGGAUCAAAUACUUUUUCACCUCCAUGUUUGACGGUGGGGAUGGUGUUCUUGGGGUCAUAGGCAGCACUCCUCCUCCAAACACGGCAAGUUGAGUUGAUGCCAAAGAGCUCGAUGUUGGUCUCAUCUGACCACAACACUUUCCCCCAGUUCUCCUCUGAAUCAUUCAGAUAUUCAUUGGCAAACUUCAGACGGCCCUGUAUAUGUGCUUUCUUGAGCAGGGGGACCUUGCGGGCGCUGCAGUAUUUCAGUCCUUCACGGCGUAGUGUGUUACCAAUUGUUUUCUUGGUGGCUAUGGUCCCAGCUGCCUUGAGAUCAUUGACGAGAUCAUUGACAAGAGCCUCCCGUGUAGUUCUGGGCUGAUUCCUCACCGUUCUCAUGAUCAUUGCAACUCCACGAGGUGAGAUCUUGCAUGGAGCCCCAGGCCGAGGGAGAUUGACAGUUAUUUUGUGUUUCUUCCAUUUGCGAAUAAUCGCACCAACUGUUGUCACCUUCUCACCAAGCUGCUUGGCUAUGGUCUUGUAGCCCAUUCCAGCCUUGUGUAGGUCUACAAUCUUGUCCCUGACAUCCUUGGAGAGCUCUUUGGUCUUGGCCAUGGUGGAGAGUUUGGAAUCUGAUUGAUUGCUUCUGUGGACAGGUGUCUUUUAUACAGGUAACAAGCUGAGAUUAGGAGCACUUCCUUUAAGAGUGUGCUCCUAAUCUCAGCUCGUUACCUGUAUAAAAGACACCUGGGAGCCAGAAAUCUUUCUGAUUGAGAGGGGGUCAAAUACUUAUUUCCCUCAUUAAAAUGCAUAUCAAUUUAUAACAUUUUUUACAUGCGUCUUUCUGGAUUUUUUUGUUGUUAUUCUGUCUCUCACUGUUCAAAUAAACCUACCAUUAAAAUUAUAGACUGAUCAUGUCUUUGUCAGUGGGGAUCAAAUACUUUUUUUCCCUCACUGUAGGUAUAGUGUACCAUAGUAUUUACAUUUUAGUCAUUUAGCAGACGCUCUUAUCCAGAGCGACUUACAGGAGCAAUUAGGGUUAAGUGCCUUGCUUAAGGGCACAUCGACAAAUGUUUCACCUAGUCGGCUCUGGGAUUAGAACCAGCGACCUUUCGGUUACUGGCGCACCGCUACCUGCCGCCGUGUUGUAGUCUAGUACUGCUGUAUAUAGGUCUAGUGUACCAUAGUACUCCACUAUAUAGGUCUAGUGUACCAUAGUGUUGUAGUCUAGUAGUUCCAGUAAAUAGUUCUCUGAAAUAAUUUCUUUUAUUCAGCGUUUUACAUUUGAAUAUAUUAAGUUGGUCAAAUUAAAUGCAUGUCUAUCUACAGCUAUGGGAUAGUAUUUGUGGCCCAUGCCUGUCUACAGUUAUGGUAUAUUAUUUGUGGUAUAUAAAAAAAAAAUAUAUAUAUAUAUAUGUACUAGUGUAUUCUAGUAGUCCAAGGUUAGGAUAUGAUAUGUUCUUUAAUUGAAUUUCAAUGGAAUGAAUGUACAAUCUGUCAUAAAAACAUCUCUUCAUCCCAGGUUUAUGUCCUGAGCAAGGAGGAGGGUGGCAGACACAAGCCCUUUGUCAGUAACUUUAUGCCAGUCAUGUUCUCUCUCACCUGGGACAUGGCCUGCAGGGUCCACCUGGCAGGAGACAAGGUACGUGUCUCUGUCACCUUUGAAAUGGUCAAUCUUUUUCACUAAUGUGAUUUGUGUAUUAUAAUGUAGUGUGCCCCAUUGUCCAGGAUUGUGUUUUAUCCUCUUUGAGGAAAGACUGAUCCUCUUCUCUCUCUAACAGGACAUGGUGAUGCCAGGUGAAGACACAUCCCUGACCCUCACGCUGCGCCAGCCUAUGAUUCUGGAGAAAGGUCAACGGUUCACUCUCAGAGAUGGCAACAAAACUAUUGGCACCGGCCUGGUUACUGACAUACUGACCACCACAGAAGAAGACCAACACAACUGGGGCUAAGGAGAGAGGAGAAAAUAUGGGAGGGAAGGAAGUAUCUAUCUGUCCAAUAUAUCGGUCUUUAGACAUAAACACACACACACUGCAGUAAGGAGCUGCUGAGACUGCAUGGCUCUCUGCUUUACUGACCAACCAGAAGACCCACAAUGAGAUGUUCAGAGUUGUCUUUCUGUGAAAAGGCCAGACUGUCAUUUUCCGCUUGUGUAAUAAAAUGUAUUUAAUAGUAAAACAUCCUGCCUGUUUUCAGAUCUACUUCAUUGUUUGGUGACUUUGUAUAAUAAAGGUUUAGAUUUGGGUAGCAUUAGCCACCUGAACUAGCUGCUUGAUGUACCAUUUUGAAACUAUUAAAAUA